AUGAUGCAGUGGAUUGUUCUGCCUCUCCUGUUGAUUACAGCGUCUCCGUCUUUGAGUGAAUGUCGUCAGAUGAGUGCCCAGAAUGUACUUCUGAAAGAGCUACUCGAUGGUUACGGUUUCCAAUCAACCCGACCUGUUUAUAACUUAUCACAUGUUACAACGGUGGUAUUUGGUCUGACACUCAUCCAAGUCAUUGAAUUGAGUGAGCGUUAUCAGACGUUAGAGGUGGGAGUUUGGUUAACCCAGCAAUGGCUGGACGAGUACUUAACUUGGGAUCCAAAAGAUUACAACGGCGUUGACCAUCUUUACAUCGAAAAGUCUAAAAUAUGGCUACCGGAUACUACUCUAUACAAAAACGUUGACACGAAUUUUGAAAGUUACAAGGACAUCCCAGUGAUUGUGAACAGUGAUGGAAGUGUAUUUUGGUCCACGCCGGCCAUACUCAAGACUGCAUGCCGUAUCAACGCCGGUAUGUUCCCCUUCGACACCCAGGUCUGCCAGCUCAAGUUUUCAUCAUGGGCCUACGGUGACAAUCAGCUUAAUCUAACUAAGUCUGAAGAGGCAGAACUUGUUGAGUACUCUGAUGUUGGGGUCUGGGAGCUACUCAAAGUAGUGAAUCUUCGAGGAUCCAAGUCCUAUGAAGGAUCUGUAGUCUACACUGAGCUAUCUUACUUUAUUCAUCUGCAAAGACGACCUCUCUUCUUCUUGCUCCAGAUUGUCCUCCCGUGUGUUCUGCUCUCUCUUCUAAAUCUCAUGGUGUUUGUGUUGCCCCCGGAAUCAGGGGAGAAGAUAUCACUGGGUAUGACCAACCUGUUGUCGUUGGUUCUCUUUCAGCAGCAGAUUGGAACAUUUUUGCCUCCAGCAUCAGAAAACACUCCAAUAAUUGGUUUUUACUUCACGUCCAUGAUCAUCCUGUCAUGUUUCUCCAUCAUCAUCACCGUAGUCGUCCUCAACAUUUACUUUCGGGACAACCGGCGUCCCAUACCUCGCUCGAUAAAGUACCUCACAUUCAGAGUUCUAGGUAAGUUAGUAAAAUACCCAACUCCCGAAGGAACUCUCGAUGCCGAACCAGCAGGUGAAAAUUGCCGAAAUAAUGGCAGUCUGGACUCCGGGCUCGAGACCAGUACCCACUCUGACUUUCUCCCGUCAGAUAUUCAUCUUUACCGGGUGGAUGACUGGGUAGAGAACCAUAAUAUUCACCCCGACACUCUUCAGAUUGCUCAGAAGCGAGAAUAUGCAUCGACCAACCGGUCAAAAACCAUCAGCUCCCCCGUCGGAAGAGCAAAGCGUCACGCUGAAAUCAAAGGUCACCGAUCGGCACGAGAAGGGCACCAGGCUAGUGAUGAUCGAGCCUUCAAUGGUCCGGUGUGGCGGGAUGUUGCCUUGGUGAUUGACCGUGCAGCCUUACUCAUCAGCACUCUGGUUACACUGACAUCAUUUUGUGUAACUAUUUUAUGCUAUUUUCUGAAUCUAAACAAGGUUGAUUAACACCAUGUGAUAAGACAACAAUAAUGUGAUCUCCUUCUCAUUUAAAACUAUGUUAAAACUUGAAUGAUGUUUAAACAUCAGUGUAAAGUUUGUCAAGUCAUUGAUAUUCAAUGUUUAUAUAAGUUUGAUUUUUUUUUCGAAAAAAAAAUCGCUUUCCAUGCA